UUUUUAAGUCUAGUUACUGAAGAUGAAGCUGUUGAGCUGUUAAAACAUGUCGCAAAAAAGAAGUCAGCAGGCUUUGAUGAAACUUAGUUGCAAAACCUCUAAGAGCACUGUUAAAUCUGUCUUUUGCAGAAGGCAUAUUUCCUCAUAAGCUGAAAGAAUCCCUUGUUAUACCAAUGUAUAGAAAAGAUGAUAUUACUAACAUGGCUAAUUAU